ACCGACAUUGUUGUCAGUGCCCCGAACAAUACUUCUGUAUUUUUUUGAAUUUUAUUUUUCUACUUGUUUAUUGCCUCAUUUCGAGAAUGCAAUUAAGACAUUAUCCUGUCUGCUAUGCUGGGAUAUUCAUACUGCUUUACAUGGCUCUAAGUAGUUCGUUUGCAUCGGCAGCGGGAUCCUUACCUUCCAUUGCAACCAAGACACCGACCCACUUUCAUUCCACAACCACAUACUCGCAACCAACAGCGCUGGUCGCUUUGGUGAAACGGGACGAUGGUCAUGAUGACAAGACGAAGGAUGCAGAUGAUGACAAGAAAAAGCAUAAUGACGGUGACAAGACCAAGAUCACCAGCCCAACUGAAGCCAAAAAGCGUACCAGUAUUGUGAGAACAGAAUCUGACCAUGGUGGAGGGUCCACAGUCGUUGAAAGCGUCACCACCAUUAUUAUUAUCACGAGCGAUUCCCCGGAUCAAGUCUACCACGACAUGGGUGAUAACGGCACUUAUGCUCGCCAGCGAGAACCGUCUUCCGAAAGUCCUAUAUCAGAUCCCAAUCAGGAACGCGACCAGCAGCGCCUGGAAACCGAUCAGCAUAAUCUGCAUACCUUACUGGUCGUGGCAUCAACCAUUGGCGGCACCUGUGCCGUUGCCGUCAUGGUGACCUUGAUUCUUGUUAUUCGGAAACGGUCGCUUAAAAGGCAAAACCAAAAAGACGACAUUGAGCCUUCUGGCAACGAGAAUGCUCACGGUCCUUCCGGUUACGAACUCACCACUUAUCCCAGUAAUCGUGUCGGCCCCGGUGGUCAUGCAGGUGUUCCAAAUACGUUCUAUGGUCCCAACGAAGCUGAUAUGCCGCACCUUUCCACAUUACCCAUGCCAUCGGCUCCACCUGCCCCAUCUGAGCUGAUUGGGACCAUAUCACCUUUUGACGACCAGCACGCAGUGGCUGUAUCGAAUUACGGCAGCCACUCCAUCCAUUCGCCCAUUGUACCGGACGAUACGAUUGUCACCCCUUCCGCACCGUCAGCCAAAGAAUUCACCGAUGUGCAAGAGACUCGAAUGAAUUGUGGGGAAAGUUCGUCAGCGGCCGGAGUUUCGCCACGUUCACCAUGUCCUCACUGCGACAUGCACUCGCCACAAUUUACCGACUUGCCUAAUGUACCACCACCCGCAUAUACGCCCAGUGCGCCACCUUUUUAUGCGUUACCCUUACCCUCUCAACAACAGUCCUUUGAUGAACGUCAUCACUAGACUUUAGACCUGCAUUGCACUUGGUAUCUUCCCAUUUUUUAUUUUGUUUAUCCCAGAAAUCUCCAUUCCAUCAACCUAUUCUAUGCCCUUUUUUCUC